CGCGGGGGUGCAAACGGCCCCGCCGGGGGGCCCGCGCGGGCGGGACGGGCCCCGGCGGCCCCGGAAGGAGCGGCCCCGCGGUGGUGCGGGCUCGGGCCGCGCCGCCUCCGCCGUGCCGCCGCUCCCGGUAAGGCCUGACCGGGGCCGGGCCCAGAGCGCGGCUCGCACGCCUUUGUGUCCGGUACCGGUGGAGCCCGGGCGGCUGCAGCGCAGCUGUGGCCCCCCAGGAACGCCGGAGGCAGGAUGGACGAACAGAAGGUGCCCAGCGAGGAGAAGGACGCAGCCGCGCCAGCCGAUGGCGUCAUGGCCUCGGAGGAGAUGGGCAGUGCCGAGGGGGACCCCCUGAAACCCCCCGAAGGAGCCUCUGCGGGGCCAGAGCCGGACAUCGCGGGCAUGGAGGAACCUCCCGAGGCUGGCAGCCCGCUGGGCCGCCGCUGUGCCCUCUGCAACUGUGGGGACUGGAGCCUACACGGGCAGCGGGAGCUGCAGCGCUUUGAGCCGGUGCCCGACUGGCCCGAGCGGCUGGCGGGCCACGAGCCCCCUGAUGGGCCCGGCCAGCCUCCCCCAGGGCCCAGCCAGCUCCCCCCAGAGCCAGAGCUGGCGGGUGACGGCCUGGCACAAAUCGGCUUCUCCGAGGGGGUGACCCCAGCGCAGCUCUUCGAGCCGACGGGGCACUGCUGGGUGCACCACUGGUGUGCGGCCUGGGCGGCUGGUGCGGGGCCGGAGGUGGCCGGCGUGGCCAGAGCUGUUUUCUCAGGGAUCUCACAGAAAUGUGAACGCUGCGGGCGGACGGGGGCCAGCAUCCCGUGCCGGGCGGCCGCCGGCUGCUCCCGCCUCUACCACUUCCCCUGCGCCGCCGCCAGCGGCUGCUUCCAGUCCAUGAAGACCCUGCGGCUGCUCUGCCCCGAGCACGUGGCUGAGGCCGUGGACAUGGAGGACGCGCGGUGCUCGGUGUGCAACGGGCCGGGCGACCUGCGGGACCUGGUGUUCUGCACCAGCUGCGGGCAGCACUUCCACGGGGCCUGCCUGGACAUCUCGCUGACGCCUCGCAAGCGCUCGGGCUGGCAGUGUCCCCAGUGCAAAGUGUGCCAAACCUGCAGGCAGCCCAGCCAGGACUCUGCCAUGCUGGUGUGUGAGGCAUGUGACAAGGGCUACCACACCUCCUGCACGGAGCCAGCCACCCAGGGCCUUCCCACCGGCUCCUGGAAAUGCAAGAACUGCUGGGUCUGCUCAGACUGUGGCCAGCACCCCGCAGGGCCCGACUCCAGCUGCCAGUGGUCCUCGGGGUCUGAGGUGUGCAGGGACUGCCAGCAGCGCCGUGCCACGGCCGACGUUCCCACGGCGCCAGAACCCUCACCACAGCCUGACCCGCCUGCCCAGAUGUCAGAGUCCCCUGUCCCCAGCAAGCCGACGGAUGCGCCCGUGCCCCCACCUGAGCUGGAGCCUGUGGGGUGUGAUGAGGAGACGCAGCCCCUCGUGGACCCCAACGAGACACCCCCAGACCCCAAAGAGGCACCCCCAGACCCCAAGGAGGCUCCCCCGGGCAAUGCUGAGUCUCCUCCUGGCGAGCUGGCCUCUGUGGAGGUGCCCCCCAGUGAGGAACCCCCUGAAGAGCUUCCCUCUGAUGAGCUGCCCGUUGAUCAGCCACCCCCCGACACGCAGCCCUCUGACACUCAGCCUCCUGAAGUGAAGCCCCCUGAGGAGCCCCUUCCUCUCAUGCUGCCCCCCGAGGAGCCUCCCUCUGAGGAGCUGCCCCUUGAGACACCAUCCCUUGCUGAGCUGCCCCCUGACAGACCCUCCCUUGAGGAGUUGCCCCCCAGUGAACUACCCCACGAUGAGCUGCCCCUCGAUGUCCCUCCCCUUCCUGAGCUUCCCCCUGAGAAACCAGCGUUUGAGAAGUCACCCCCCCGUGAGCUGUCCCCCGAAGUACUGCCCAUUGACAAAUCACCCCCUGACGAGCUGCCCCCCAAAGGGUCACCCCCCGAACCUCCCCUCGAUAAGCCACCCCUCGAGGAGCCACCCCUCAGUGAGCCACCCCUCGAGGAGCUGCCCCUCAGCGAGCCGCCCCUCGAGGAGCUGCCCCUUGAGGAGCUGCCCCCCAGUGAACCGCCCCCCAUCGAGCUGCUCCCCAAGGAACCUCCUCCCGAAGCGCUGCCCCCCGAGAAGCUGAGCCCUGAAGAGCCCCCCCUUGUUGAGUUGCCCCCUGAAGAGCUGGUCCCCAGCGAGCUGCCCCCCGAGGAGGACCUGAAACCACCAGGUCUCCUCCCCGAGGUGACAGUGGCAGAAGAGGCGCCAGCCCUGGCUCCAGAGGUGCUCCCCGAGGAGGAGAUGGAGCUGGAGCCAGAGCCCUCGCUGCCCCCUGAGAUGACACCCCCACCCUCAGCUCCCCCAGCUCUCCGUGCCAUCUCACCUGCACGGACCCCAGCCCCCUCCCCUGAUGCCAAGGAGGACGAUGUGCUCGAGCCCCCCACCCCAGCCCUGCCUGAGCCCCCUGGCAGCCCUGGUAUCGCCAUGGACACCGACCCUCCUGGCUCCCCGCCGCCCCCCCUGGGCUCUCCUGCUGUCACCCUGGCCCCCGCCGAGCCACCUGAGGAUGAGGAGAUGGAGAUGGCCGGUGGCGAGGGGGAGUCCCCAGCCAGCCCCCCUGGAGAUGCCCCCCACGGCAGCCCAGCCCCUGAGCUGGGGCCCUUCCCAGGCCUGCCUGAGGAGGAGGAAGAGGAGGAAGAAGAGGCACCGAGGCUGGAGAGGGAGGGCACCAGUGGAAGCUCCCCGCCACUCAGCGAGGAGGAUGCCCUGGAAGAAAGCCGGGCUGGGGGGGACCCUGAAGUCAAGGGGUCCCCUUCGGGAUCCCCCCUGCUCCUGGAACCAGAGGAGCUGGGCCCUGAGACCCCCAUGGAGGUGUGCACUACCGGCGAGAAGCUUCUGGGGCACGGCGACGAGGGGUGCCCCGAGCCACCCGCGCUGCGCCCACGGCCCGACAUCCUCAACGAGAUCUCCAACCUGAGCCAGGGGGACACGAGCAGCAGCUUCCCCGGCUCGGAGCCACUGCUGGGGUCCCCAGACCCUGAGGGCGGCGGGUCUCUGUCCCCUGAGCUGGGCCCAGCCUCAGCUGACGCCAGCCUGCAGAAGGAGGACGCUGGGUCGCUGCCGCUGGGUGCUGAGACCGAUGACUCGCUGCUCUUCGAGCCAGCAGCCAAGGGUGACGGGGACAAGAGCCGGCGCCGCAGCUCCCCGGGGCGCUCCCGUGUCAAGCAGGGUCGCAGCAGCAGCUUCCCUGGGCGGAGACGCCCCCGAGGGGGGUCCCACGGGGGCCGAGGCCGAGGCCGUGCGCGCCUGAAGUCGACCACCUCGUCUGUUGACACCUUAGCACUCGCUGACGUGGAGAGCUCGCCCAGCAAGGAGGAGGACGAGGACGACGAUGACACAAUGCAGAACACAGUCGUCCUCUUCUCCAACACAGACAAGUUUGUGCUCAUGCAGGACAUGUGCGUGGUGUGUGGCAGCUUCGGGCGUGGGGCUGAGGGGCACCUGCUCGCCUGCUCCCAGUGCUCCCAGUGCUACCACCCCUACUGCGUCAACAGCAAGAUCACCAAGGUGAUGCUGCUGAAGGGCUGGCGCUGCGUGGAGUGCAUCGUGUGCGAGGUGUGCGGCAAAGCCUCCGACCCCUCGCGCCUGCUGCUCUGCGACGACUGCGACAUCAGCUACCACACCUACUGCCUGGACCCGCCGCUGCAGACCGUGCCCAAGGGUGGCUGGAAGUGCAAGUGGUGUGUGUGCUGUGUGCAGUGUGGGGCUGCAUCCCCUGGCUUCCACUGCGAGUGGCAGAACAACUACACCCACUGUGCACCCUGCGCCAGCCUCGUCGUCUGCCCCUUCUGCCGCGAGAAAUACGUGGAGGACGACCUGCUCAUCCAGUGCCGGCACUGCGAUCGGUGGCUGCACGCUGCGUGUGACAGCCUCUUCACUGAGGAGGAGGUGGAGCAGGCUGCGGAUGAAGGUUUCGACUGCAGCGCCUGCCAGCCCUACGUGGUCAAACCUGUGCCUGCGCCUUCUGCAGAGAUGAUCAAAGCCAAGGAUCCAGAGCCCCAGUAUUUCCGCUUCGAGGGCGUGUGGCUGACAGAGACGGGGAUGGCCGUGCUGCGCAACCUGACCCUGUCCCCCCUGCACAAGCGGCGGCAGCGCAAGGGCCGCCCGGGCACCCUCAACGGGGAUGGGGGGCUGGAGGGGGGUGACCCCCUGGGCCCUGAGGACAAGAAGGACGGUGACCUGGACACCGAUGAGCUGCUCAAAGCUGACGCAGUGGGUGUGGAGCACAUGGAGUGUGAGAUCAAGCUGGAGGCUCCGGCCAGCCCCGACCGCGACGUUGGAGCUGACGGGGACUCGGGGAAGGGGCUGGAGGACCCUGAGGAGUGCAAGAAGAGGAAGCGCAAACCAUACCGGCCUGGCAUCGGUGGAUUCAUGGUGCGGCAGCGCAAGUCCCACACGCGGCUCAAGAAGGUCUCGGCGGUGCUGCCGGACGUGGGGCGCGAGGGGCUGAGCACCGAGGGACACCCUGAGGAUGGGGCUCCUGGUGACGUCCCAGCCGAGGCUGGCCUGGAUCCAGGCUCAGGAGAGGGGGACGAGAAGAAGAAGCGCCGGGGACGCAAGAAGAGCAAGUUGGAGGACAUGUUCCCCCCAUACCUGCAGGAGGCGUUUUUUGGGAAGGCACUGAUGGACCUGAGCCGGAAGGCGCUGCUGGCAGCAGGCGGGGUUGGGGAUGGGACCGCCCGCCCCGCCUUGGGCCAGGGUGCCCCAAGGCCCAAGGGGGACCCCAACCUCGCUGGGGCACUGCAGGGGGUCACCCCGGACAGGAGGGAGACCCCCACCCACCCCCGAGGGGACGACAGCACUGACGGCAGCGCCGCCGCUCCCGAUGACGAUGGCAAGGACGAGGCGAAGGCCGAGGAGCUGGGGGCCGACGAGCCGAAGGAUUCCCCAGACCGUGGGGACGCCGAAAAACCAGCCACCCCGGGCGAGGGAGCGCUAAGCUCUGACCUCGACAAGAUCCCCACGGAAGAGCUGCCCAAAAUGGAGAGCAAAGACGUGCAGCAGCUCUUCAAGGACGUGCUGGGCUCGGCAGAGCGUGGGGAGCAGCCCCUCAACUGCGUGGCUGCGGGGAUGGAGGCCGGGCAGGACCCCAGCCGAGCACAGCGGUCGUUCCUGCAAGGAGACCUCCAGCUCUCGGGGCAGGGGAGCGUUUCCCUGGGCUCACUCUCUGGAUCUGUCUCCUUGGACUCGUACUCGGGGGUCUGCCAGUCCCCAUUCCUCGAUAACAGGGAGCGGAGUGGCUUCUUCAGCCCCGACCACUGCGAGCCUGAGAGCCCCUGGGCCAGCAGCUCAGCUGCCACCACCCCCUCGACCCCCACGACCCCCACGACAGAGGGCGAGGGUGAUGGGCUGUCCUACAACCAGCGCAGUUUGCAGCGCUGGGAGAAGGACGAGGAGCUGGGUGAGCUCUCCACCAUCUCCCCUGUCCUCUACGCCAACAUGAACUUCCCCAACCUCAAGCAGGAUUAUCCAGGACUCCCAGACUGGUCGAGCCGCUGCAAACAGAUCAUGAAGCUCUGGAGGAAAGUCCCUGCCACGGACAAAGCCCCAUAUUUGCAAAAGGCCAAAGAUAACCGGGCGGCUCAUCGCAUCAACAAGGUGCAGAAGCAGGCCGAGAGCCAGAUCAACAAGCAGACCAAAGGGGAGGGACUGCGCAAGCCGGAGAGGCCCUCGCUGCACCUGCGGAUCCCGGUGCCGCCAGGGGCACAGCCCGUCUACAUCAGCAGCCCCCCCGCCACCGGCGAGGGCUUCCUGAAGCCCCCGGCGGGUGCCGGAGGGGGACCGGAGUCUCCCAGCGAGCUCUUCCUCAAGCUCCCUCCCCAGUCCCCUGCCCAAGUGCCUUCGCACGAUCCCUACGGCGCGGCCCCCGCCUACACGCUGGAGCCCCGCUUCCCCUCGCCCCUGGGCCAGAGCCCCACGUCGGGGGCUGCUUUCCAGCCUUUUCCUAGCCAGCCCCAGCCCCUCACAGCCCCCCGUGCUCCCCCUGACUUCCACCCCACCCCGCCUGGCACACCCCGGCACCAACCUGGCACCCCUGAUCCCUUCCUGAAGCCCCGGUGCCCUUCCUUGGACAACCUCUCGGUGCCGGGGAGUCCUGGAGCGCGGCCACCCGAGGCCCUGCUCUCUCCCCUGCCUUUCGGGGAGCAGAAGAAGGGUCUGGAGGUGAAGAAGGAGGAUGGGGGAAGCCUGGGGGUCUGCUCACCUGGCUACGCUUCUGCCAUGGGCUACGGGGACUCCCCAGGCGGCCCCCACCUCUCGGCUGCGGAGCUGAAGGCGGCCGACGUCUUCAAAGCCCCCAUGACCCCACGGGUCUCUCAGGUAGAGCCGCAGAGCCCGGGGCUGGGGCACCGGCCCCCCGACCCCCAUCCCCUGGCCCCCCCGCCCCCCGGCCACCCUGAUUUGUACCGUCAGUCGCCCUAUCUGGACCCCUACUCGCAGCCCCCGCUGACGCCCCGGCUGCAGCCCCCCGAGGCCUGCUGCGCCCUCCCGCCUCGCUCCCUGCCCUCUGAACCCUUCUCCCGCAUCCCUGCCAGCCCCCAGUCCCAGUCCAGCUCCCAGUCCCCCCUAACCCCCCGCCCUCUCUCCAACGAAGCCUUCUGCCAGUCCCCAGUCACCCCUCGCUUCCAAUCCCCUGAUCCCUACUCCCAGCCGCCCUCCCGGCCUCAGUCCCGGGAUCCUUUCACCCCACUGCACAAACCCCCCCGUCCUCAGAUGCCGGAGCCGGGGUUCAAAUCAGUGGGGGCGGCCGGUGGAGGUUUUGGGGGCACCCCAGCAGGUGACCCCCACGCCAAGGCAGCGGCCGGGCCACAGCCGCCCUUCGCCCGCUCGCCUGGUGCCAGCGUUUUCCCGGGGAGCCAGCCCCCCAUGCGCUUCACCUUCCCCCCGGCCGUCUCGGAGCCUCUCAAGGGCUCCCCGUCCCACCAGCCCCAUGGGAUCAACAGCCAUUACAGCUCUGGGAAACCCCAGAGCUCGGCCUACGCCUCGUCCCCCAGCUUCCACCAGGCCAGCAGCCCGCUGGGCCCUGGCACUGCCGCCCCCGACUCCUACAGCCUCUCGCCCCUGCGGCCCCCAUCAGUGCUGCCGCCGCAGCCCCCGGCUCCCCCGCAGCAGCAGGACCCUUCUGGAACCUUCCUGCCCCGCGCUGCGCUGGGACUGACGGCCGACAAGAGGGAGGAGGUGGCUGCAGGGCUCUCAGCACCCCCAAACCGGGACCUGGCGGAGCUGCCUGGUGCCCAGGACGGGGCUCUGGGCACCAUGAGCCAGUCGGAGCUGGAGAAGCAGCGGCAGCGCCAGCGGCUCCGGGAGCUGCUCAUCCGCCAGCAGAUUCAGAGGAACAGCCUUCGGCAGGAGAAGGAGAGCGCAGCUGCUGCUGCCUCCUCCUCACCGGCCGGCUGGGCACCUGAGGCCGGCGGGCAGAGCUUCGAGCUGAGCCGGGGCAUGGCCCCAUACCAGCCAGCACAGGACAAGGCUCUCCUCGGGACUCUGGCCACGGCAGCUGGUGCUGGGAAGCUGCCCAGCUCUGUCAUGGUGCAGGCAGCGUUCACGCAGGACGAGCGGCUCUCCCGGCCCCCUCCGGCGGCCACGCCAGCCAUGCUGGACAUCAGCGGGCGGGCGACAGUGGGGCCCCCCCAGGCCUUCUACCCCCGUGGGGUCUUCCCGUCGCCAUCCCCGCAGCAGCAGCAGCACCUGUGGCAGCAGCAGCAGCAGCAGCAAGCGGCCGUGGCAGCCCUGCGGCUCCCUGUCACCUCCCGCUUCGCCCCUCCGGCCACUGGGACCCCCAUGGGCAGCCUGGGCACCCGCCUGCCCACCCCUGCCGAGGCCGUGCCCCCCUCACCAGCUGCCCUGGGUGCUCCUUUCAUCGAGCUACGACACAACGUGCAGAAGGGACCUGGGGGUGUCGUGGGAUCUCCCUUUGCCCCCCAGGCACCCCGGCCUCGAUUCUUCCUGCCCGGGGAGGAAGGCACCCCCCAGGCUCUGUGCACCCCCGUCAUGCCCCUGCAGGCGCUGCCAUCCCAGAAGGUUCCAGCACCGCUGCCACCUGCGUCCCCCCAGGGAGCUGAGAUGGGCAACAGCCACCAGCAGCCCCACGCCAAGGCGGCGCCCCCGCUGCCAGCCCCCACCCUGGAGCUGCAGCAGCACAUCCCCCCGCGCCCGCUGUCCUCCGGUGCCACCCUCCGCCCCGAGGGUCCCAAGGAUGGCCCCGCUGCAGACCCUGCGCCGGCCCCAGGGAAGAGCCACCUGAGCCUGGAGGGGGGGCGGCUGCCCUGCGAGGUGCCCGUGGAGCCUGAUUUGGAUGACGACUUUGGCUCCCACAAGGACUUGGAAGAUGAUGAUGAUUUGGCCAACCUUAGCCUGGAUCCAGAUGUGGCCAAAGGGGACGAUGACUUGGACAACUUGGACAGCCUGGAGACAGCAGACCCCCACCUCGAUGACCUGCUGAAUGGUGAUGAGUUUGACCUGCUGGCCUACACUGACCCCGAGCUGGACACUGGUGACAAGAAGGACAUCUUCAACGAGCACCUGCGCCUGGUGGAGUCAGCCAACGAGAAGGCUGAGCGUGAGGCCCAGCUCAAGACAGAACCACCAGCGCCCACCUUGAAGCUCCCCGACCCUGGGGACAGCAAAGAUGUGACCCCAUCUGCGGAGGAUCAGGAGGUGCCCAAGGAAGGACUGGUGUCUGGGAUGGGCUUGGGACUCUCUGCCUGCCCCACGGGCACUGUGCUGGCCCCUGACCCAGCUUUCAAGGCGCAGGGUGCAGAGGUGAAGGCUGGCUCAUUGCCCACUGAUGUCAAGCCCAAGCUGGAGGAUGGCUGCCUGAAGACCUCACCCUGCCAGUUCACCACCGCUGGCCCCGAGCGCCUCCCGAUGCCAGUCAAGUCAGAAGCACUGCAGGGCACAGAUAAAAUCUCUGCCUCCCUGGGGCUCAGUGUCAAACCUGGCCAGACCCUCCUGAGCUCCAGCGCUGGCCCCACUCGCCUCAGCCUGACUCAGUUCUCCAACAGUGGCCACACUGGUGUCCCCGUGCUGGAGAAGGACCCCUACACUGCCCCUGGCCGUGGGCUGGCAUCUGCCCAGCUGGGUGGCCAGAGCAACCCCUUGCUGGAGAAGUUUGAGCUGGACAGUGGAGCCUUGGGGCUGGGCAGUGCCCGGCACUCGCCAGCGGAUGACCUGGACAAGAUGGAGAGCUCGUUGGUGGCCAGCGAGCUGCCCCUGCUCAUCGAGGACCUCCUGGAGCACGAGAAGAAGGAGCUGCAGAAGAAGCAGCAGAUGUCAGCCCACCUGCCCCGUGGCACCCCCCAUCUCCAAGCCCCAGGGCACCCCAUGCUGCACACAGGGGCAUCUGGGCAGCCUCCCGAGGGGCAGCCACCCCGUCUGGGCACCCCUCAGACACCCCUCCAGCUGGGGCUGGUGGCCCGGCCACCGCUGCUGCCACCGCAGCCCCCCCAGCUCAACGCACCCCAGCAGCGCCCGGCUCUGGCCCCCCACAUGGGCAUGGGCUCUGGGCAGCCCCAUGUGCUGUCAUCGCCCCACGGGGUGCAGGUGGCCCUGGGGCAGCCACAGCAGAGCCAGCAGCAGGUGCUGGUGCAGAAGCCGAUGGCCGGGGUGCAGCCCCCCAACCUGGGCCUGAAGCCCCCCCAGCUCGUCAUGCAGCAGCAGUUGGCCAACAGCUUCUUCCCAGACACAGACCUGGACAAGUUUGCGGCCGAGGACAUCAUGGACCCCAUUGCCAAGGCCAAGAUGGUGGCACUGAAGGGCAUCAAGAAGGUGAUGGCUCAGGGCAGCAUCGGGGUGGCCCCAGGCAUGAACAGGCAACAGGUUUCCCUGCUGGCCCAGCGGCUCUCCGGGGGCCCGGCUGUCUCCGAGAUGCAGAACCACUUACUGGCAGGGAGCGGGCAGGAGCGGAGUGGCACAGACCCGACCCAGGCUCGCCCCAACCCACCCACCUUUGCACAGGGCGUCAUCAACGAGGCUGACCAGCGGCAGUACGAGGAGUGGCUGUUCCACACGCAGCAGCUGCUGCAGAUGCAGCUGAAGGUGCUGGAGGAGCAGAUCGGGGCGCACCGCAAGUCCCGCAAGGCGCUGUGUGCCAAGCAGCGCACGGCCAAGAAAGCCGGCCGGGAGUUCCCCGAGGCCGACGCCGAGAAGCUGAAGCUGGUAACGGAGCAGCAGAGCAAGAUCCAGAAGCAGCUGGACCAGGUGCGGAAGCAGCAGAAGGAACACACCAACCUCAUGGCUGAGUACCGCAACAAGCAGCAGCAGCACCAGCACCAGGCCUCAGCCGUGAUGGCCCUGAGCCCCUCGCAGAGCCCCCGCCUCAUGUCCAAGCUCCCGGGACAGCUCCUGUCAGCACACGGCGUGCAGCAGCCCGGGGGAGCCCUGGUGGGAGCGCAGGGCCUUGGGCAGCAGCCAGGGCAGCCUGGGGGGCUGCGCCUGCCCCAGGGCGGUGUGUCCAUGGCUGUGCAGCAGGGCCUGUCCUUCAUGGGGCAGCAGCCUGUAGGGAAUGCCCCAGGACCCGGCUCCUCUGGCGCUUUCUUCAGCGGGAACCCGGCGCUGCGCGGGCUGGCCGCUGACAGCCGCCUGAUGCAGGAGCGGCAGCUGCAGAGGAUGCAGCUGGCACAGAAACUGCAGCAGCAGAACAUGCUGGGACAGGUGUCACUGCAGCAGCAGCCAGGUGUGAUGGGACAGACGUCAAUGCAACAGCCAGGUGUGAUGGGACAGGUGUCGCUGCAGCAGCCAGGUGUGAUGGGACAGGCGGCCAUGCAGCAGCAGGGCGUGAUGGGACAAACAUCAAUGCAGCAGCCGGGUGUGAUGGGACAGGCAGCCAUGCAGCAAUCAGGUGUGAUGGGACAGACGUCACUGCAGCCAUCAGGUGUCAUGGCACAAGCAUCGAUGCAGCAGCAGGGCGUGAUGGGUCAAACCUCCAUGCAGCAGCCAGGUGUGAUGGGACAGGCAUCCAUGCAGCAGCCAGGUGUGAUGGGACAGGCGUCGCUGCAGCAGCCAGGUGUGAUGGCACAGGCAUCCAUGCAGCAGCCAGGUGUGAUGGGACAGACGUCGAUGCAGCAACAGGGUGUGAUGGGUCAGGCAUCCAUGCAACAGCCAGGUUUGAUAGGACAGAGCUCGAUGCAGCCACAGAGCAUCAUGGCACAGACAUCCAUGCAGCAAUCAGGUGUGAUGGGACAAACUUCAAUGCAACAGGCAGGAGUGCUGGCCCAGACAUCGCUGCAGCAGCCAGGCAUGAUGAGCCAGGCAUCCAUGCAGCAGCCAGGUGUGCUGGGCCAGGCCCCAGUGCAGCCAACAGCCGUGCCAGGGCAGCCCAGCCUGCUGGGGCAGCAGCAGCAGCAGCCCCCAGCCCCACAGCCCGGCGCAGGGGCUCAGCCCAUGGUGCCGAAGCAGCCGGGGCUGUUGGGCAGCCAGCAGAGUCUCCUCGUGCAGCAGCUCUCACCCCAGCAGCAGCCGGGCGUGCUGGGCCACGGGCCAGGGCUGCAGCACCAGCCUGUGCUGGGCCACCCCCCAGCCCAGCGCCAGGUUGUCCUGGCCCCCCACCAGCAGCGGGUGCUGGGCUCGCCCCAGCUGACGCCGCAGACUCCGGGGAUGCUGAGCCACCGGCUCGUGCUAUCCCAGCAGCUGGGGCAGUCUCGGGCACUGUUGGCUCCACAGCAGCAGCAGCAGAACUCAGCGGCUGCCCAGCCAGGUCUCCUGGGGCUGGGCCAGGGGCAGCCCUCCAUCCAGCACUUUCCGCAGCACGGGGCGGGGGGCCAGGCCCCCUCUGUGCUGCACCUGAGUCAGGGAAUGCAGCCAGCCCCGGCGGUCCUGGCUGCCAAGGACCAGCCCGCGGGGAUGGACGGCAGCGCCCUGCAUGCCGAGGGUGGGGAGAGCGGGGGGCAGCUGCAUGGGGAGCAGCAGGGAGCCCUCAACCCCUCGGGGCUGGGGGGCCCGGAGCCCCCAGCCCCCAAGCACCAGGCUGAGCUAGGGCAGGGCCAGCAGCUCCUCUUGACUUCCCCACAGCCGGGUGUCUUAAGGGCAGCUUCUGGGCAGCCGGGUGCCCUACUCGCCCCACCGCUGCAGAGCCCUGGGGCUGUCCACCCUGAGCUGUCCCAGCAGCACGGGGACACGGCCGGGGUGGCAGAGCAACCGCUGGGCUGUGGGACAGGCCCAGCACAGGCCAUGGUGCCGGCACCGCGGCCCCCAGAGCAGCCAGGCAAGGGGGUGGCGGGGGCCCUGCCAGGGCAGCCACAGCCCCCACGGCUCCAGAGCCCCAUUCAGCACAAAGUAGGGCCAGCAUCGGGCACGGCCGCUCUCCCCCCAGGUCUCCUGGGGCAGGUGCCAGGGCCGGUGAUGGGCCAGAUCCGGGCGCAGCUCCAGGGUGUCCUGGCCAAGAACCCGCAGCUGCGGCAUCUGACGCCGCAGCAGCAGCAGCAGCUCCAGGCCCUCCUGAGGCAGCGGCACCAGCAGAGCCUGCUGCAGCAGAACCAGGCACUACGGACCCCUGGCCCCUUCCCCGGGCAGGCCCCGGACUACGGCUUGACAGCUACCCGCCCGCCCCCUCGUCCCAUGGGGCCCCUUUUCCAGCCCCGGGCAGAUGCCCCAGCAGAGGCACAGACCAGCUCUGCCACCGAGCCGGGACGGGCACUGCCAGGGCAGCCUCCCCAGCAGCCCCUGGCUGAGCUGGUUCAGGCAGCUCUGGCUGCCCGUGGUCCCCAGCCCAGCCUCAUCCACCUCCCCACGCCACCAGCCCCCUCGCCCCUGGGCGGUGCCCCCCAGCACCUGGCCAGCCCCGAGCAGAGCCCACAAGAGCCAAAGAAGACAUCACCGGGAAUCCCGGCCUUGGCCCCCAGCCCCGCAGCACCCACGGAGCCAGGGCUGGCUCCCACGCCAAGCGGGGCCCUCCCUGACCCAGCCCACCGCCCCUGGGACCCCGAGGCACCUGGGGUGGACCCAGCUGACCCUGGUGAGACCCACAUCAAUGGGGCUGUGCCAGAGGGGGCCCCUGCAGCAGGUGAAGCCCCCCAGGUGUUGGUGAAGCAGGAGCCGAAGGAAGAGGCGGCAGCAGCGGCACAGUGUGAGGUGGAUGGAAACGAGACAGCAAAACCAGAGGCCAACGGGGACCCUGGGGACAGCCAAGCCAACAGCCUGCUGGCCCCGGGUGGGCGCUCCGAGGCUGGGCACCUGCUGCUGCAGAAGCUGCUGCGGGCCAAGAACGUGCAGCUCUCAGCUCAGAGCCCAGGCGAGCUCAAUGGGCAUAUGGAGAACCGGAGCACUGGGACAGAGCCACGGCCACAGUCACUGCUGCUGAGCCGGGAGGACCCCUCCAUUGCCAGGAAGCCAGCACCCACCAAGCCUAAGCGGGUACAGAAAGGCAACGAGCGGAUCCCAGCAUCCCGCAAGAAGCUGCGGAAGGAUGAGGGGCUGCGUCCUGGCGAGGCCCUCAUGAGGCAGCUGAAGCAGGAGCUGUCGCUGCUGCCGCUGACGGAGCCGACCAUCAUGGCCAACUUCAGCCUCUUUGCACCCUUUGGGAGCAGCCCCAUCAACGGGAAGAGCCAGCUGCGGGGCGCCUUCGGCAGUGCUGUGCUCGACAGCGUCCCCGACUACUACUCCCAGCUGCUCACCAAGAACAACCUCAGCAACCCACCCACGCCACCCUCCUCGCUGCCCCCCACACCCCCUCCCUCCGUGCAGCAGAAGAUGGUGAAUGGUGUCACGGCCUCUGAAGAGCUGGGGGAGCAGCCCAAGGAUGCCGACCCAGCCCGUGAGCCCCACGGCCAGAAAGGUGAGCCUGGCUGGCACAGGGGUGGCACAGAAUCUGUGCUGCCACUUGUCACUCCCCACCAUGACACCCGUCACUUCUCUGCAGAUACACCAGCUGUGGAGGUGAAGAGCCUGGACCUGCUGGCAGCGCUGCCCACCCCUCCGCACAACCAGACCGAGGACGUCAGGAUGGAGAGUGACGACGAGAGCGACUCCCCCGACAGCAUCGUCCCUGCUUCAUCCCCCGAGAGCGUCCUGGGCGAGGAGCUGCUCCGCUUCCCACUUCUCAGCGAGGCCAAGCCAGAGCUGGAGGAGCGUGUGCUGUCCCCCAUCAUCCCCAUCAUCCCCCGGGCCAGCAUCCCAGUGUUCCCAGACACAAAACCCUAUGAGGUCGCAGAGCCCUUUGGGGCUCCACCAGGGAAGGUGGGGGCAGCAGGCCCUGGAGCCCCAUGGGAGAAGGGCAAGAGCAGCGAGGUCUCUGUCAUGCUGACGGUGUCUGCAGCAGCUGCCAAGAACCUCAAUGGGGUGAUGGUGGCCAUGGCUGAGCUGCUGAGCAUGAAGAUCCCCAGCUCCUACGAGGUGCUGUUCCCCGACGGCCCUGUGCGAGCAGCUGUGGUUGAGGCCAAGAAGGUGGAGACAGAUAUGGCUGGAAUGCUUGGAGGGAAGGAGAAGGCGCUGGCUGGGAAGGUGCCGGACAGCAGCUCGGAAUGGCUGAAGCAGUUCGAUGCGGUGCUGCCAGGGUACAGCCUCAAGGGCGAGCUGGACCUCCUGACACUGCUCAGACAGGAGAGCCCUGCUCCUGAGAAGACCCUUCACCACUGCUACGUCAACAACGUCUCCAACCUGGACGUGCGGCAGCUCUCUGUCCUUCCCCAGGAACCCUCGCCCCCGCUGUCCCCCUCCGUCCCCUCCCCAUCCAGCCCCGCUGAGCCCACCAGGGUCCCCGACCCCGAGGCGUCCCACGAGGCCGCCCCAGCCCCAUUGUCACCACUGCCACCGGCCCCCUCGCCAGCCCCCCAGGAGGAAGGGGCCGCAGCUGUCCACUCGCCACCCCGUUUCAAGCCACGCUCGCGGCCUCUGGAGGACGGGGAUGAGGCGAGGCCACGGCUGAAGAAGUGGAAGGGCGUGCGCUGGAAACGGCUGCGCUUCCUCGUCACCAUCCAGAAAGGAGGAGCCAAGCGCGACGGCGACAAGGAGAUCGCCGAGUUCAUCGACAAGCUGGGAACCACGCUGCGCCCCGAGAAGGUGCCGCAGGACAUGCGCAAGUGCUGCUUCUGUCACGAGGAGGGCGACGGGGCCACGGACGGGCCGGCCCGCCUGCUAAACCUUGACCUCGACCUCUGGGUUCACCUGAACUGCGCCCUGUGGUCCACGGAGGUGUAUGAGACUCAGGGAGGGGCCCUGAUCAACGUGGAGGUGGCCCUGCACCGUGGGCUGCUCACCAAGUGCUCCCUGUGUCAGAAAACCGGUGCCACCAACAGCUGCAACCGCAUCCGCUGCCCCAGCGUGUACCACUUCGCCUGCGCCAUCCGCGCCAAGUGCAUGUUCUUCAAGGACAAGACCAUGCUGUGUCCCCUGCACAAGCUGAAGGGGCCCUGCGAGCAGGAGCUCAGCAGCUUCACCGUGUUCCGCCGCGUCUACAUCGAGCGGGACGAGGUGAAGCAGAUCGCCAGCAUCAUCCAGCGUGGAGAGCGGCUCCACAUGUUCCGCGUGGGCGGGUUGGUCUUCCACGCCAUCGGGCAGCUGCUGCCACACCAGAUGGCCGAUUUCCACAGCGUCACGGCCCUCUACCCCGUGGGCUACGAGGCCACGCGCAUCUACUGGAGCCUGCGGACCAACAACCGCCGCUGCUGCUACCGCUGCACCAUCUGCGAGAAUAACGGGCGCCCCGAGUUCGUCGUGCAGGUCAUCGAGCAGGGCCUGGAGGAUCUUGUCUUCUCCGACUCCUCUCCACAGGCUGUGUGGAACCGGAUCAUCGAGCCAGUGGCGAUGAUGAGGAAGGAGGCUGACAUGCUGCGACUCUUCCCCGAGUACCUGAAGGGCGAGGAGCUCUUCGGCCUCACGGUGCACGCGGUGCUGCGCAUCGCCGAGUCGCUGCCAGGCGUGGAGAGCUGCCAGAACUACCUGUUCCGCUACGGGCGCCAUCCUCUGAUGGAGCUGCCCUUGAUGAUCAAUCCCACCGGCUGCGCCCGCUCCGAGCCCAAGAUCCUCACCCACUACAAGCGGCCCCACACCCUGAACAGCACAAGCAUGUCCAAGGCCUACCAGAGCACGUUCACGGGUGAAACCAACACGCCCUACAGCAAGCAGUUUGUGCACUCCAAGUCCUCCCAGUACCGGCGCCUGAAGACGGAGUGGAAGAACAACGUGUACCUGGCACGGUCCCGCAUCCAGGGGCUGGGGCUCUACGCGGCCAAGGACAUCGAGAAGCACACGAUGGUCAUCGAGUACAUCGGCACCAUCAUCCGCAACGAGGUGGCCAACCGGCGGGAGAAGAUCUAUGAGGAGCAGAACCGCGGCAUUUACAUGUUCCGCAUCAACAACGAGCACGUCAUUGACGCCACGCUGACGGGGGGCCCGGCCAGGUACAUCAACCACUCGUGUGCCCCGAACUGCGUGGCCGAAGUCGUGACCUUCGACAAGGAGGACAAGAUCAUCAUCAUCUCCAGCCGGCGCAUCCCCAAGGGGGAGGAGCUCACCUACGACUACCAGUUCGACUUCGAGGACGAUCAGCACAAGAUCCCCUGCCACUGUGGAGCUUGGAAUUGCAGGAAGUGGAUGAACUAACUGGGAAAAAGGGGCUGGGGGCUGCCACCCCCGCCUCAGAGACCUCGCCGAGCCCCCCAGGGCUGCAGGAGGUGCCGGGGGCGGCCGGGCACUGAGGGAGAGCAGCGGCUGCAGCGCUGCCGGCCCUGCCCGAGCGGGACGGACGGACAGAUGAACUGGCAACUCAGGGUUUUCUUUGCUUCGUCCUGCGAGGAGAAAAAAGGAGUGGGGGGGCUCAGAAACGCCCCCUUCACCACCCCCUGCCUGCCUCCCUCGUGGGAGAGCCACGGGGGAGCAGCGCCGGGCCCAGCGCGGCCGGAGCGAUUGUGCGGAGCCGGUCUGGAUAUAACGAUUAUUUUAUUUUAUUUUAUUUUAUUUUA